UCUGGGGCUGUCGUGGUAACAUGCUGAUCUUUCUGAGCUUCCUGGUCUAUGGGCAUGCGCUGGCCGCCAUCACGCCAGUUCACCUUAAUAUGACCCAAAUAGAUGGCAGUAGGAAUGAGAGAGCGGUUUUACCCCCUAGGCCAGUCUCCCGGGCAACUCUCAGGCUUAUCUUUCAUGAUGACUUCAAUUUCUUGGAUAAAAACAAAUGGACUCUGGACGCGACCACGUCGCUUGGUGGUCACAAUGAAUUUGAGUUCUACAGUCCGGAUACCAGGAACACCUACACACGGGAUGGGAAACUUUUCAUUCGGCCUACUUUGACGUCAGACAGAUUCGGCGGUGACUUCCUGUACCAUGGAACACUUGACCUCAAGAAGCUGUACGGGUAUUGUACAAUUGACUGGAACAAUGGUUGUGUGCGAGAUGCCAACAAACUCGGUAUUCUGCCUCCGGUCAUGUCGUCCUUCUUGAGAGGAAAGACGGAUUUCAAGUACGGCAAGGUGGAGAUUUCGGCUCGAAUGCCACUUGGGGACUGGCUGUGGCCCGCUCUAUGGAUAAUGCCGAGAAAUUACUAUUAUGGUUCCUGGCCUAGGUCUGGAGAGAUGGACUUUGCAGAGACUACAGGUAACAUCAACUACGGUAAUAUGGGUGCUCAGCGUGCUACCGCUUCCCUUCACUUCGGCAACUCUGUAGAAACAGACAAGCAUUUAUCGGGUGAACACUUUCUGCACGGCGCAACAUAUGGAGACGCUUUCCAUAAAUAUACCCUGGACUGGACGGCAACAUAUGUCAAGAUGUACGUGGAUGAUAUUUUGGUUUAUGGCCUAGAAAUGCCCUCGGAUGGCUUCCAUAACCAUUUCAAAAUUCCUGGCAAUAACAUCUGGGGACAAGCGCAUAAUGCGCCCUUUGAUAAGGACUUCUAUGUCAUCAUGAACGUCGCUGUAGGAGGAACCAAUGGGAUCUUCUUUGACUGGGUGAAGAACUACCCACACCCGAUGCCCUGGCGGAAUAAGGACAGCCCCCGUGUUGCCACGGAGAAGUUCUGGAAUCACAUGCAUGAGUGGUACCCGACCUGGCACGGAGAAAAUGCUGCAAUGAGAGUGGACUACGUCAAGAUCUGGGCGUACUAACAGUACACCUGCACAGCUAUAUUCUCACAGAUCUGCCAAAU